AUGGUCAUCGAAGACAAGUACAUCGGCCUCGCCCUCGCCGUCACAUCCACCCUCGGCAUCGGCGCAUCCUUUGUCAUCACUAAAAAGGGCCUCAACGCUGCCGCCGAGCGCCACGGCUUCGAGGGCGAUGGCUUCGCAUACCUGCGCAACCCCAUCUGGUGGGGCGGCAUCGUGACCAUGGUCGUCGGCGAGGUCUGCAACUUCUCCGCAUACGCCUUCGCGCCCGCGAUCCUCGUUACGCCCUUGGGCGCGCUGAGCGUGCUGAUCGGCGCCGUGCUAGGGAGUUAUUUUCUAGGGGAGCGGUUGGGGAUAUUGGGAAGGGUCGGGUGUGCGAUUUGUUUUAUCGGGAGUGUGGUGAUUGUGCUGCAUGCGCCGCCGGACCAGGAGUUGGCGAACAUUGAUGAGCUGUUGCAUUAUGCGUUGCAGUGGGGCUUCUUAACGUAUUGCACGAUUGUGACGGCGUUCGCGGUGGUUAUGAUCUAUAAGAUUGCGCCGGUGUACGGGAAGAAGAACCCGAUGGUCUAUCUCAGCAUCUGCUCCAGCGUGGGCAGUAUAUCGAUUAUGGCGAUCAAGGGGUUUGGGAUUGCGGUCAAGCUGACGCUGGGCGGGAACAACCAAUUCAGCCACCCUUCGACGUAUGUCUUUGGGAUUGUGGUGAUUGUCUGCAUUCUGACGCAGAUGAACUAUUUCAACAAGGCGUUGAGUCAGUUCAGCACGAACAUUGUCAACCCGCUCUACUACGUCACCUUCACGACCUGCACGAUUGUGGCCUCCUUCAUCCUCUUCCGCGGCUUCAACACCACCGACCCGAUCAAUACCAUUUCCCUCCUCUGCGGCUUCCUCACAAUCUUCACCGGCGUCUACCUCCUAAACUUAUCAAGAGAAGACCCAGACGGCGGCCACCUCGGAAUCCGCCAAGGCGAGGACUCCCUGGGAGAAUACCACGAAGUCGACGGCAUCCCCACCGACGGCCUCACCGGCCUCCAAACCCGCCUCAGCAUCCAAGCGCGCCGAAGCGGCGAAGACCACCGCCGCAGCGAAAGCUGGAGCCUCCGAAGUCCCGUGACAGGACGCUGGAACGAAAACCCCAAUGCAACAGGAGGAGGGGGAGGAGGAGUCGGCCGCCGAAGUCGAGACGUCUCGGCGCAAAACCUCAUGCAUUCCUACGACGUCGAAGCGAACUCGCUACACCACCUCGUGGAAGACGACGACGACUACGACGAAGACGACGAAUCGGGCGGAUCGUCGAAUCAGAAACGCACGAGUUUCGACGACGGGACCGGGCGGAGGGUGACGAUGAAUGGGAACGCGAAUAACAACAGCAAAAACGAAAGUUCUUCGUUUGGGCCCCCGCGGCGGAGUCGCACGGUGGAUUCGCAGACCGUGGACGCGAGUAAAGGGAAAGGGUUUGAUGCGAAGAAAGCGAAACGGUGA